UAUCUCUUCUCCUUUGCCUUCACUGCCAAGCCAGGCAUCGCACUGGAGAUUCCAUCUGCAAGAAGAAGAACUACAGUUUCAACACAUGGCCAAGCAACGCCGUUAUAUUUUCGCCCCUGUUGCGCUUGUACUGUUUGGAAUAGUAGCCAUUUUGCUUCUAACUAUUCCCACCGAGGACUUGGCCGAACCUCCGGAAUGUAUGUAUGGGAUAGUCUUGGACGCAGGUUCCUCCCACACAGCUAUGUACAUCUACAAGUGGCCAGCAGACAAGCAGAACGGCACAGGUGUGGUCACUCAGCACAGUGAAUGCCAUCCAAAGGGUGGAGGAAUCUCUAGCUAUGUGGGACAGCAGGGAGCAGCAGGGAGAAGCCUCCAAGUUUGCCUGGACCAAGCCAUGCAGGAUAUCCCCAGAGCCAGGCACCACCUCACACCUGUCUACCUCGGAGCCACCGCUGGCAUGAGGCUCCUCAAUAUCUCCAGCCCUGUCCAGUCAGCCCAGGUUUUACAGGAAGUGGGUUAUAAAAUCCAGUCCUAUCCAUUUAACUACCAGGGGGCAGCCAUCUUAAGUGGCCAGGAGGAGGGAGCAUACGGCUGGGUCACUGUCAACUAUCUCUUGGAGAACUUCAUCAAGUAUGGCUUUGUGGGCCGUUGGCUGAGCCCGGGCAGACAGACGGUGGGGGCGCUGGACUUUGGUGGGGCGUCGACCCAGAUCACCUUUGUGACCAAGGAUGAGGUGGAAGAUGAGAGUGACAGGGUGAAGCUACGUCUGUAUGGACAUGACUACUCCCUGUACACACACAGCUUCCUGUGCUACGGACGAGACCAGGUCCUCAAACGCCUACUGGCUCACCUGGUGACGACUCAGGGUCACACAGGGACAGUGGCCCAUCCGUGCUUCCCUGCAGGCUACAUCGUCACCAUGAAGCUGGGGACAUUGUUUGACUCUCCCUGCACAGUGGCCCAGACACCCAGCUACAGUUACAAUCCCCAGGCAGCCCUGUCUGUGAAGGGCACUGGCGAUUAUGAUCACUGCCUGGGCAACAUUACUGAGAUAUUUUCCUUCCACAGCUGCCCCUUCUCCCAGUGCUCCUUUGAUAAGGUGUUCCAGCCCAAUGUCAGUGGCAGCUUCAUGGCAUUCUCUGCCUUCUUCUACAUUCACCAGUUCCUACAGACUACUACAGGAAUCCCUGUCACCACCCCUGCCCAACUGGAAGAGGCAGCCCAUUCUAUCUGUAACAUGAGCAUCAAUGAGGUUAGCAGCCUUCUGUCUGUCUGUCUGUCGGUCGGUCGGUCGGUCGGUCGGUCGGGGUCGGUCGGAGUCGGUCGGUCGGUCGGUCUGUCUGUGAGCAUCCAUGCAUAUGUUGGUGCUGGCCCCAGAUCAGGAGCCUCGUCUGCAGGACUUCUGUGCUGCCUCUGUGUUCACCAAGGUGCUCUUCACGAGAGGCUAUGGCUUUGAUGAGAUCUCAUUUCCCCACAUUUCCUUCCAGAAAAAGGCAGGGGAUGCCUCUGUGGGCUGGGCCCUGGGCUACAUGCUCAGUCUGAGCAGUCUGCUGCCGGGGGAGAGUGUGGGCCUGAGGAAGGCCCUGAAACCUGGAGCCUGGGCUGCCCUGCUCUUCCUCUUAGUCCUUCUCCCCGCCACCGCCCUGAUGUAUGUUUCCCUCCAAGCCUGCCGCAGGAAGAAGAAAGGAAGCAGUGACACUGCCAGCUAAUCAUCAUAAGGGACUUCCAUUGACACCUGCUUUCACUUUGUUUGGAGGAAAGAUGGCAAACUCUUUGUAAGGGUGCUGGUGGUACAAUCCUGGACCCAAGAGUGUGUAGAUAACUGUAUCAUGAAGAAGAUAUAAUGUUGUAUAAAGUGUUGAUCAUCUUUACACUGAGAUAUAACAAGUGAGUUCUCCCCGGCUGUUAACACAUUUAAUAUAUCCUUUUUUUAUGUAUACUUUAACAAACAGGUUUGUUUAUGUACAAGUAUGCAUUGUAGACUAUAAUUAAUGUUCAACAUCACUCUCACAACAUGUUACCCAACAUUUAAGUAUAAUUUGUUUGUGCUUUAUAUUCAUUCUGUAUUUUGUAUUCUGAUAACAAAAAAUCAACUAUGUUUUGUACAUGGAGUGGCCUUUUCAGAAGAUAUAUUAGUAUUCAUGUGUUUCAUACGUCAUAUUGACUACAACUGACUAAAACUAUAAGUACCAUCA